UAUCUCUCUCUCUCUCAAGAAAAAGAGGUAAACUUCCCGCAAUCUGUCCCCACCUCUCCUCCGAUGGAGAGCUGAAUCGAGCUCUAUGGAUCAAAUUCGAUGAAGCCGGCUGGCACCGCCUCCACCGACAAUCCUCCGCCGCCGUUUCCUUCGCCUCCGACACCGCCUUUGCAUUAGAGGGGAGGAUGCAGCUCCGGAUCUCACCGAGCAUGAGAACCAUCACGAUCUCCAGCAACAAUGGGGUCCUCGACUCGAUGAAGGUUAAGGUUGGAACCGCCGCUCGCCCACCUCCUUAUCGAAAUCUCUUCUACACCGUCCUAAUACUCGCCUUCCUCCUGCCCUUCGUCUUUAUCCUCACCGCCGUUGUCACCCUUGAGGGCGUCGACAACUGCUCCUCUCUCGAUUGCUUAGGAAGACGGCUUGGCCCGAAGUUACUUGGAAGGAGAACGGAUCAUUCUGUGAGGCUUAUGAGAGAUUUGUAUAAGACUCUUAAUCAUGUUAAUUUUGAGGAGAUUCCAUCAGAAGCAAGAUUGCCAGGAUCAUUCAAUGAGUUUCUUAUUGAAAUAAAGAAAAACCACUAUGAUAUCAAGACAUUUGCUGUUUUUCUGAAGGCAACGAUGGAAAGUAUGGAUAGAGAAGCAAAACGAUCAAAGUUGGCAGAACAGUUGCACAAGCAUUUUGCAGCUGAUGCUAUCCCUAAAGGCAUCCAUUGUCUUUCUUUGCGCCUAGCUGAUGAAUAUUCGUCUAAUGCUCUUGCACGGAAGCAACUUCCUUCUCCAGAGUUGCUGCCUUUGCUCUCUGACAAUUCUUUGCACCAUUUUGUUUUGUUAACGGACAAUGUUCUUGCAGCUUCUGUUGUUCUUACAUCUACUGUGAGGUCUUCAUUAAGGCCUAAGAAAAUAGUCUUUCAUGUUAUAACUGAUAAGAAGACAUAUCCGGUAAUGCAUUCAUGGUUUUCUUUACAUCCUCCUUCGCCGGCAAUUGUUGAGGUUAAAGGUAUUCACCAAUUUGAUUGGUUGACAAGAGAAAAUGUUCCUAUUCUUGACGCUAUAGAGAGCCAUCAUGGUGUUCGAAAUCACUAUCAUGGAGAUCACGCCAAGGGAAGUAAUUUUACCGACAACCCAAGAAUUUUUGCUUCAAAACUGCAAGCAAGGAGUCCAAAAUACAUUUCCCUGCUCAACCAUCUUCGCAUAUACCUGCCUGAGCUGUUUCCAAACCUCAACAAGGUGAUCUUUCUUGAUGAUGAUGUUGUUAUUCAACGUGACUUGUCACCACUUUGGGAUAUUAAUAUGGCUGGAAAGCUAAACGGCGCUGUAGAGACUUGUAAUGGUGAUGAUAAAUGGGUCAUGUCCAAACGAUUCCGGACAUAUUUCAACUUUUCUCAUCCCAUCAUUUCUAAUAAUUUGGACCCAGAUGAAUGCGCUUGGGCUUAUGGGAUGAAUAUCUUUGAUUUGAACGCUUGGAGGAAAACAAAAAUUAGAGAUACAUACCACUAUUGGCUGAAGGAGAAUCUAAAGUCAAACUUAAUGCUAUGGAAGUUCGGUACGCUGCCGCCGGCUCUUAUAGCUUUCCGAGGCCAUAUUCAUCCGAUCGAUCCAUCGUGGCAUAUGUUAGGAUUGGGCUAUCAGGAGAAGUCCAACAUUGAUAAUGUGAGAAAAGCUGCUGUUAUUCAUUACAAUGGGCAGUGUAAGCCAUGGCUGGAGAUUGGUUUCAAGCAUCUAAAGCCUUUUUGGACUAAGCAUGUAAAUUACUCCAACGAAUUCAUCAGAAAUUGCCAUAUUUUGAAGCCUGAAGAAUGAAAUAGAUUGAAAAUUUUGGUAUAUUGAUCAUUCAUUUAAUGGAAAUUUUGGUCAAAUGGGCAUUCUAUCUGCUUUGCUGCUGGUGAUUUGAGUAUUCUUUUGAUCUGAAAAAUAAUUGUUUCAAGAAUUUUAUAUGCAUUUGAGGCAUAGUCAAGGAAGCAGCAAAAUGAUUAGUACAACACUACAACUGGCAAAAAAAGAAAAAGAAAAAAAGAAGCUUGGAUUGGUACACAACUGAAACAAACCUAUUCUUAGCUAAUUUUAGUUUCCACAAUUCUUUUGCCUUCCAAAUUUUCAUUUCUUUUACCUUCUCUGAAAGAAUGUAAGUGUGCAUGAAUAUUUGUUAGUAGCUAUUCUUGUGAUAGAGCUGUUAGGAUAUUCCUUGUGAUUCUUGAGAUAUUCAAAUGUAUAAUAAAUUUGUUGCAAGUGUGCAUAUACCUAUUUUAAUUUGCUUUUCA